AUGACAGCAUCAUUUUUAAUUUCAGAAUGCUUGGAACAAAUAUUUUCAAAUCUUCUUGAUGAAAAUCCUUCUCGUAAUAUUCAAAAUCGUAUUUCAACUAAAGAUUUACAUUCAUGUACGUUAGUAUCAAGACAUUGGUGUAGAAUAUCAACACCAUUUUUAUACACUUAUCCAUUUCAUCAUUUUCGUCAUUUAGCAUAUUUAGAUUUUUAUCUUGAUGAUGAAGCAAUUUCAUAUUUUAAAUUGAUUCGUACAUUAUUAAAUUGUAUUCCUAAAAUUGAAAUUGAACAAAUUAUAACAACAAACAAUAAUAAUAAUGAUAAUAAUAAUAAAGAAAUUUCUUUCAUACAUAAUUUAACAACAUUUAAUUAUGUAAAAUUUAUUCGUGGAUUAAUAUUUGAUCAAUUAUUAUUUAAUACACGUAGAUUAUUACAUUAUCAAGAAAUUUGGUUUCCAACUAAUAAUGAUAAUAAGAUGGAAUAUAAUCAAUAUUCAAUUCCAAUAAUAUAUCAUUUAAUAAAAUUUUUAUGUAAACAUUGUAAUAAUUUAACAAUAUUAGAAUUUCCAUUUACUAUACAAAAUAAUGGAUUAUUUCAUAAUAUGAUUGAAUUAUUAAUUAAUAAAGAUAAUAAUAAUGGAAGAAAUAAAUUAAUUAAUUUAAGAGAUUUAUAUUAUAUUGAUAAUAUUAAUAGACAUGAUGAUUUAUUAAAUCUUUAUUUGGCUUUAACAAAUAAUGUUUGUAAUCUUAAUUUAAUUUAUCAUGAAAAAAUUGAUUCUAUAGAAAAAGCAAAUUCAUUAUCAAAAUUUAUUUCAUUACAAAAAAAUUUACAACAUAUUAUUUUAACUGAAGAUGAAUUGGCUUCAUUAUUUUAUAUAUUUGAUGAUAUUAAUAUUGAUUAUUAUUAUAGUAUUGUAUUUAAUUCAUUAUCAACUCAAAGUAAAAGUUUAAAAAUAUUAGAAUUUAUUAAUUUAUCAUUUAAUGAAAUAAAUGAAACUGCUUUAAAUUCAUUAUGUUUACUUAAUAAUAUUAGAGAAUUAAAAUUAUAUGAAUGUGAUUGGAUAAAUGAUAAUUUAUGUUCUUGGGCAAAUAAUUUAAAAAAUCUUGAAAUACUUGAAUAUGUAUUAAAUUAUAGUAGAGUUCUUCCUGUGAAUUUCUUAAUUCAAUUAAUUAAACUUUCUUUUAAAAAUUUAAUUAAAUUAAUAUUAUAUUAUAAAAGAGAACAAGAUCAAGGUUUUCAAUUAAUUAAUCAUAUUUCUUUAUAUUCUCAUUCAUUAUUACAUUUAGAAUUACCAAAAAUUUUUCCAAAUGAAUUGAUUUCCAUAUUUAAAUCAUGUAAUAAAUUAGUUUAUUUAAGUGCUAUAUUAUCAGAUCAUAAUUCAUGGGAUGAACAUUUUAGAAUUUUGGGUAAAUUUAUUCCUAAAAAAUUACAAAAAAUUCGUUUUAAAAAGAUGGAUCAUUUUGUAUUUAGUAGUAAUGAAUUAAAAUGUUUCCUUGAAGAAUGUGUAAAAAGUAAUAGUAAAUUAAAAUAUUUAGAAAUUAGUGGGAAAUGUAGUGUUAAACAAGAAUAUUUUAAUGUUGCUAAUCAAUUUGAAAUUCAUUUAAUUUAA